AUGGUACCAGUGAAAGGUGUUCUGUGCCAUAGCCACCCCUCCUUCUGGGUAGAUGUAGGGGUGGACGUCGGCUACGCCGCCCUCAUCACCGUCUGCCUCCUCAUCAUGGCCUGUGUCCUCGCCAUCGCAGCCUGCUAUAUCUGUUCCGCACAACGAGCAUCAGGCCGGGUCGUGCACUUCAACACUGCUAACCAAGUACUGGUUCAGACUCUCUCCCGACCUCCAUGGACACUGACUGCGACCUCUGACCCGGAACUCUCCAUCCAUGGAUUUGCCUUCGCUGGUGAAGGCAUCACGAUUGUCGACAGCAACACCCUAGAACGUAAACGUUCACGACGCCCUAUAACAGUUGGCGCCAAGUGGUCACGUGGGGUGUCACAUGGUAAGCACAUGUACGAGGUCAUCUGGCCGGAAGUCCACAGAGGAGUCACAGCAUCAGUUGGUGUGGGUACUGCCACGACGCCAUUGUUCAUUAAGGGGAAGGUCACUUUGGUUGGCAUGACAGCAGCCUCGUGGGGAUUUGACAUCGCCAAAAAGACGAUAUUUCACAACUCAGCGCCGGGGAGGAGGUGUCCACCAAACGAAGAGGACAUCAUCCCUGAGAGGUUUUUCAUGUAUGUUGACAUGGACCGUGGAGAGCUGGGCUUCGGGUCCAGCAACGAGUACUGGGGAGUGAUGGCGGAAAACAUCCAUAACUUGAACCAACCCCUAUAUGUGAUGGUGGGAGCCAACGUGUCCAUGGCUCGACUGCAAGUUUUCUACAGAGGUUCUGGUAGGCCAUUCCAUUAG